UCCUUUGGAUGUUGUGGUUGCUCCUCAUGCCAAUAGCUCUUCCUUAAUUCGUGUAUCCUCCACGUCCCUUUAUAAUGCGUUCGAUCUCGCUCAUCCUCCUUGCCGCUACCUCGAUGGCCCUUGCGGCUCCCCUGGGUAAUGACGUCCCUGCUGAUGCUGCUCAGGCAGGCGCUGGUGUUGGUCCUGGCCCAGCCUCUGGCGCCGGUGUUGGAGCUGGACCCGCCCCAGGACCUGGACCUGAUACCGGUGCCGGCCCUGCUCCGGGACCUGGAGCUGGACCUGCUCCUGGCCCUGGCGCUGGCCCUGGACCUGUUCCGGGACCUGGCGCUGGCCCUGAGCCUAACAUUGGUCCUGGUCCAGGACCUGCUCCUGGUGCCGGUCCUGCUCCUGGCGUUGGACCUGCUCCUGGACCUGGCGCUGGACCUGCUCCGGGACCUGGUGUUGGCCCUGAGCCUAAUGUUGGUCCCGCUCCGGGACCUGGUCCUGCUCCUGGGCCUGAUGCCGGCCCUGGUCCUGCUCCAGGACCUGGUGUUGGUCCUGGUCCUGCUCCGGGACCUGGCGUUGGUCCUGGUCCUGCUCCGGGACCUGGCGUUGGUCCUGGUCCUGCUCCGGGACCUGGCGCUGGCCCUGAGCCUAAUAUCGGUCCUGCUCCAGGACCUGGUCCCGCUCCGGGGCCUGGCUUUGGCCCUGGUCCUGCUCCAGGACCUGCCGGUCCUCCGGGCCCUGAAGGCCUUGCCGGUCCGCCGGGCCCCCAUGGUGCUGGUGGCUUCCCUGGUCCUGCUGAUCCAGUCGGCCCUAUUGGUUUUGCUGGCCCUGUUUUCCCUGCCGGCCCAGGGCGGUUCCCUGGCUUUGACGAUUUCCCAGGCGUGGGUGGCUUUGGGGAUGCCCACUUUGCUCAGGCUAUCAUCGAUAGAGUCAACCACCAGAUCCAAGACGGUACCAUUAUCCAGAUCCAGCACUAGACCCUCAUACUACGCCUU